AUGUUAUCAUAUAUCACGCUACCUCGUAAAACCGACACUGAAACCUACCGGACAACAAAUCACAGGUCAAAAUUAUGAGUUCUUCGUAUUAUGUGAACGCGCUCUUUAGCAAAUAUACGGCGGGGGCUUCUCUCUUCCAAAAUGCGGAGCCGACUUCUUGCUCCUUUGCUACCAACUCUCAGAGAAGCGGCUAUGGACCGGGCGCUAGCGCCUUCGCCUCCUCCAUGCCCGGCUUGUACAAUGUGAACAGUACCAUUUAUCAAAGCCCGUUCUCCUCCGGAUACAGCCUGGGCUCAGACGCCUACAACCUGCAUUGUUCCUCUUUUGAUCAGAACAUUCCCGUCCUCUGCAAUGACCUAACCAAAGCCAGCUGUGAGAAAGCGGAGGACAGCAACCUGCACAGCCAGGCAGAGGCUAAUUUCCGGAUAUAUCCCUGGAUGAGGUCUUCAGGUCCCGAUAGGAAGAGGGGGCGGCAGACCUACACCCGCUAUCAGACCCUGGAGCUGGAGAAGGAGUUUCACUUCAAUCGCUAUCUGACCCGGCGCCGGCGGAUAGAAAUCGCCCAUGCCCUGUGCCUCACAGAGAGGCAGAUCAAGAUCUGGUUCCAGAACCGGAGGAUGAAGUGGAAGAAGGAGCACAAAGACGAGGGCCCGGCCACCCCCGCAGCCCCCGAGAGCGCCUCGGCCACGGCCUCGGUGGAGAAAGUGGAGGAGGAGGAGGAGGAAGAGGAGGAGGAGGAGGAAGAGUAAAAUUCUGGAGCCGAAGCAGCAGCCGCCGAGCUGUAGUAUUAUGUAUGCACGUGACAGUCGUAAAAGCUUCUUAAAAGGACCUAACCGUUUUAUUUAAAAAACAAAAAACCAAGAAAAGCAAAAAAAAAAAAUCCAGCCCUAUCAAGCCUCCCCUCCCUCCAACCAAAUCCUCUCUCUCUCUCACCCCCUCCCCCAAGCCCGCUCCCCAGGAUGGCGGUGCUGAGCAGGUUCGGGGACAACCUCGAUGCUUGCCUCUUCUGGGGUUCCCUUUCCUCUAUCCUUCCUUCCUUCCUUUUUUCCUUCCUUCUUCCUUCCUUCCUUCCUUCCUUCCUUCCUUCCUUCCGUCCUUCCUCCUUCUCUCCCUUGGGUCCUGGGGUGUCUCCCGCUCCCCGGCCUGAGCUCGAGGUUGCCCCUGGGAGGCCCAUGCUCUUUCCCUGGGCAGUCACCCCUCGGGCGAGGGCGAGGGCAGCGGGCGCAGGCGCUCAGAGAAACUACCUACCUGGGCCCUUCGGGCCUCCGCUCCUCGGGAAGGAGGCCAGGGCUUUAGGCGCUCACAAAACUACCUAAUUGCCAAGCCAGACCUCUGGGCUUCCGUCUCAUGAUUAAGAUUUUUUUGUUAUGUAAGGGCAAUAAGAGCCUAUGUGUUAGUGUGGGGAGGAGGGAAACGUCCCGCCAACCAACACAAUUCUCUCUCCAUGCACACAAAUGCACACAGACACCCACACGCAGAUAACCACUACAAUUUCCAGCAAUGAUUUGUACUACCUACUUCUUCCAAACUACCUAUCUCUUGUUCUUCCUAUCUAGCUCUUUCUCUGAGCCGAAUUUUAUUAAUCCGGGAAGGGCAAGACGCUAAAGUGACUCGAAAAAAAUAGUAUUUUAGAAAAAAAAGCUUUUAGGCAACUUAACUGUGGUGGAGACGCGCUCCUCCGUGGCUUUGGUAGCAAAUUGGGUACCGGGGAUCUCUGGUUCUAUUUAAAUUGAAAAAAAAAUAAUAUAUUUAUUCCAAAGCGAUUCUAAAUGAAACCAUAUGCUGCAAUCUCGUUUUCCCCUCCUGGCCUGAGCAUUCCGAGGUCAGAAGCCAACACACCCCCACACCCCGCUUCCCUGCAAAGCGUUUCCCGUGGCCAUUGCCCCCGGUAGCCCCCGACAGCCUCUUCCCGCUUAGUAGGGCCGUGACGGUUCUCCGAACCAAGUUCCUCGACGAAAGUGACCAUUCCCCUCACUUCUCCUCCCCUUCGUCCCGACUCUUAGCCAGUGUUUAAUAUGUACGAUCGUGAUUUUUUCCUACAAUAACAAAUACUGUAUAUUUGAACGAGAUUUUUUUUUUUGUCAUUUAUAAUUGUCUUGAAGCUCAUUUGUAAGACCAUGUCAUGACUCGGGAAGGAUGUAAUUCAUUGGGGUAACUUUGUAGCAUGAUGUAUUGUUGCGAACUCUUGUCUCGAGCGGUCUCGGAGGGUUGGCUAUAACGCCCUCCCGAAACUUGUCCGUCCCCGUGUGUUUCACUGUGUUCCCCGUGGACACUGGCGCUGCCGUGUAAGUCUAGAGAGUCCAACCUGUGUAAGAUCGCCGUAUGACAGUGACUCUGUCCCACUCUCGCCCCGUCGGAUGUGUUUUAUGUUACAUAGAAAAUAAAUAUGCUUGUGGAUGAUA